AUGCUGCCCCAAGAAAUACUUUUUCUGCUUACCCUGUUCUGUGUUUUCAGGGCUUCUGUUUCUGUUCUGGAUGAAGAUGAUGACUAUGAUCUCAUGUACGUGAACCUGGAUAAUGAAAUUGACGGUCCAGUUCUUGGUACUGAGGAAACUGUUUCAUGUGAUUGCCAGCAAGAACACACCAAGUGGGACAAGCUCUUCAUCAUGCUUGAGAACUCGCAGAUGAAAGAGAACAUGAUGCUGCAGGCGAUGGAUGAGAUCCUGAAGGUGGACCUGAAGACCCUGAAAGCAGAGCUGAGCCAACUCACCACCAACCUUGCGGGCACCCUGGCAGCCGCAGUUGAGAAAGUCACCUCCCACAUUGUGUCACAGGUAGAGCAGGCACUUGUGAGGAACAGUGACCCAGCUGGAGAAGCCAAGAGGCUUCAUGAGUCUGAGCAAGGAAAGCUUCUUGAGCACAUUCUGCUGCUUGGUCACAAUGUGUCCAGCAGACUCGGCUGGCUGGAGAGCACUUGGCUAAGGAGGUGUGAGGCAGAGGCUCAAGAAACAGCUUUUCAUCAGGAUAAAUUCGGUCCCUCCAGAGGAGAUGAUUCCAUUUUGAAUUCCCUGUGGAAAGAGCUACAGCAAACCAGAACGGAACUGAAAGCAUCACAGAAAUGGGCAGCUCAGCACUUACUACCAGCAGGGUGUGAAACAGCAAUUCUAUUCCCCAUGCGUUCAAAAAAAAUAUUUGGAAGUGUUCACCCAACUGCUGGAAUGACACUACGCUCCUUUACUGCUUGUAUCUGGAUCAAGGUGACUGAGGCUUUGAACAAAACUAUUGUCUUCUCCUACGGAACCAAGUUAAAUCCAUAUGAAAUCCAACUUUAUCUCAGCCAGGAGUCUGCAGUGCUUGUUGUUGGUGGUGACCAGCACAAGUUAGUUGUCAAAAAUGUAGUUGUUCCUGGGAAGUGGAUUCAUCUCUGUGGCACCUGGAGCUCGGCGAAUGGAUCUGCAUCCCUGUGGCUGAAUGGAGAGCUUACAGCCACUGCCUCGGACAUUGCCAAUGCUCAUACCAUUCCAAAUGGAGGGAUUUUGCAGAUUGGUCAGGAAAAGAAUGGCUGCUGUGUUGGAGGUGGAUUUGAUGAAGCUUUAGCUUUCUCUGGAAAAUUAACUGGCUUUAACAUGUGGGACAGAAUGCUCAGCGCCAAAGAGAUAGCAGCACUGAGAGGAGAAGAUGCAUGCAGUAUGAGGGGCAACAUCAUCGGGUGGGGAGUCACUGAAGUUUUGCUAUAUGGAGGAGCCCAGUACAUUUCUUAA